CCUGCUUAGUCCCACAUUGGGUGCAGAGGAAAAGUGGGGAGUGAUACUUCCAAAUAAGAAGGGGAAGGAGGGUCUCUUCCUCUUCAUCUUUGCGCUUGGGGCAAUGACGCAGCUAGUGAGGUUCUAACCGAGGCGCGUCUAUUGCUGGUUGAAAACUAUUUCCAAACCCCCUCUUCGGCCUGGGUUAAGCCCAGGCCGUCGAGAAUUUCUGGAAGGGUUCCCUUCGGGAUGGAUUGGCAAGGACAGAAAUUGGCGGAGGAGCUGAUGCAGAUAAUGCUGUUGGCAUUCGCUGUGAUAUCGUUCGCUACGGGCUAUAUAUAUGGAUCGUUUCAGAUGAUGGUUCUAAUAUAUGCUGGUGGUGUGGUUCUGACCACAUUGUUGACAGCCCCCAAUUGGCCCCUCUUCAAUCGCCACCCGCUCAAGUGGUUGGAAUCAAGCGAGUCCGAGAAGCAUCCGAAGCCGCAGCAGGCCGUUAGUUUCAAGAAGAAACCCGCCAAGUAGUAGGUUAUUUAUGUUGAUCUUAGUAUAGGCAUUUCUUUGGAUUGAAACAAUGCCUUCUGAUAUAUAUAUAUAUAUAUAUAUAUAUAUAUAUAUAAAUCUUUUCCGAAAUAGACAAUUCAGUGCACUUGAUUGCCCUAAAAUUUGAACCUCUAGACUAUGGUUGGAAAAAAAAAUAUUUCUUAAUUUUCUGUGUGAAAGAGACUGUAUAUGUGGCUUUGCCUUACUCUUAGCACAUAGAGAGAUUUUUUUUAAUUUGCUUAAUGCAAUAUAUUUCGGCAAAUAGUCAAGCUAUGAUUGCGCCAUGGUGGUUGAAUAUGAUUAGGGUUUGAGGGUAUUGAAUGGGAUUCUGUUUGUUUUAUUUAUGUUCAUAAGGUUUAUGUUAAUCUACCUAUUUUCAGU